AUGAGUUCACAACUAAGCGUUGCCAUUGAGUUCAGUCCAUUCGGCCGAGGGUGGAACAAGUCAUCGCUCGGCAAAGAGAUCAGUUGUGUUGUCGUCGCAGAAGUGACUCUUAGGAUUACUGUGGUAGUUAUUAAACAGUUGUCUCAUUGUCUCAUAGACUCUAAUGGUGUUCCUAACGCUUAUUAUGUGGUCACUAAUGACGAUAUGAUUAAUGUCUCACAUAUUCUCUGCCUUCACGUCAAUGAUAAGCAAACAGAGGUCUUCAAUGGUUUUGAUAUCAUUAUUAGUCGUUUUGAUUGUUAUUGGGAUUAAAUAUUCUUAAAUAACGUUACAUUUUAAUAAAA